GUAUUCAGAUCCUCUUUGUUCUUAUUUGUAUAUUGUUUGGAUAUCAAGAAUUCCUGCUGCAAAUUUAUAAAUUUUAAUUUUUUACCAAUGACUUCAAAUGAAACGGAAACUGAAAAUAAAAAUGAUGCUGCCUCAAGUGACACAGCAGAAAAUACUGGAGAAUGUGAACAACUGUUGCUAUCUGAAUACGUAUCAAGUUUGGAAGUCAGGUUAAAAAAGAAAACCGAUAUGAGAAAUCAAAAUUUAACCUGCGUUCGACCCCCCGACAAUUACUUUUCGAAACUUGAUUCUGGCUUAAAGAAAAACACGACAUUUGUGAAAAAACUCAAAUCGUUCAGUGCACCACAGCUGGAAGUACUAUUGAAAGAUCUAAGCUCACUCAACCUCACUAAGUAUAUCUCAGAGGUAGCCGCAGCUUUGGUGGAAGCAAAAUUAAAAAUGUCAGACAUAGCUGCUGCUCUUAUAUUGUGUUCUUCUAUCCAUUGCACUUAUGCAGAAUUUUCAACAUUUUUUUUCGAAAACUGGCAUAAAAUUCUGACAUUUAAAGCAACUGAUAAGAUUGGAAAUUCUUCGAAACUGAGAGUUGACAUCAGAUUUUAUGCUGAGCUUGUAUCAAUUGGUAUAUUUGCCAAUAAGACUGGUUUGCCAUUGUUAGGGAAUGUACUCACAGUACUCAUAAACAUGGACAAAGAAGAUCACAACAAUAUUCCCAUUUUAUUAUCAUUCUGUAAGCAUUGCGGAGAAGACUAUGCUGGCUUAAUUCCAAAAAAAAUCAAAGAAAUUGCUGAGAAAUAUAAUGUUACCAUCCCACGUAACCAAUUUCUACCAGCUGAAAAACAAGCUGCAGUGAGAGGAUUGCUAAAGGAUUACUUUUCAUCACUUUUGAAACAUCUUUUGGCUGAGAAAGGUCAAUUACAAGCCCUCCAUACUGCCAAUCAACGAACUUUACACACAAGAGGUGAACUGUCACAGGAGAGAAAAGAUCAAUUAGAACAACAUCAGGCCACCUAUGACAAACUGUUGGCUGGAGCUCAGAGUUUUGCUGAGAUUCUCGGGGAGGAACUUGGUGAGGCUGGUGAGCCUCCCACUCUGACUCUGAAUAUCAUAGAGACUCAAGGAACAGUCACCAUUGGAGGCAAUGAAGAGUUUGCAAUGCAAGCUGCAAGUGACCCCUGGCAAGAUGAAGACACUAGAACAUUCUACACAAGUCUGCCAGAUUUGAAAGUUUUUAUGCCUAAUCAGCCAAAAGAGGCAGUUAAAAGCAAACCUGAAACUGUAACAGAAGAAAUGCUCGAUGAAGAUCUGAAAGAAGAUGAUCUCAGUGACAAUGAGGAUGUUCCAGUUGUUGCUGAAGUGGAACAAGAAGAAGCACAACCAACGAACAUAUCUAACAAGUACGCUCUUGAAGCGUUUUUAAAUGAGCUACCCAAUUGUAUUAAUCGAGAACUCAUAGACAAUGCCGCUGUCGACUUCGUGCUCAACCUAAAUACGAAAAACAACAGGAGGAAGCUGACAAGGGUUCUGUUCAGUGUUGCUAGAACUAGGCUUGACUUGUUGCCGUUUUAUUCGAGGUUUGCGGCAAUACUUUAUUCGGUGUUGCCCGAUGUGUGUGUAGAUCUUUGUCAAAUGCUGAAACAAGACUUCAAAUAUCAUGUGAGAAAAAAGGAUCAAAUAAAUAUUGAAUCUAAGAUAAAAGUAGUGAGGUUCAUCGGUGAGCUAGUUAAAUUCGAGCUGUAUUCUAAAAUGGAGGCGUUGUACUGUCUGAAAGUACUUCUCCACGAUUUCAAACAUCACCAUAUAGAGAUGGCGUGCAAUCUUCUUGAAACAUGUGGAAGGUUUUUGUACUGCAACACAGAUACACACCAACGGACCAUGAUAUAUUUACAACAAAUGAUGAGAAAAAAGACUGUGUCAGCUUUAGAUUCGCGUUACGUUACACAGAUCGAAAAUGCGUUUUAUUACGUUUGUCCUCCCGAAGCCCCGGCCCAACCGAAAGAGGAGGAGCCACCCAUGCAUCAAUUCAUCAGAAAGAUCUUACAUGAGGAUUUGCAGAAGAGCAAUGAGGAAAAAAUAUUGAGGUUAAUGAGGAAAUUGAACUGGGAUGACCCGGAGAUUUCGUAUGUUGCAGUUCAGCAUUUAGCAGGAGGCUGGAGAGUGAGAGCCAGCGCGAGAAGAGCAUUAGCUAGACUGACUGCGGAGCUGUCUGCCUGGCAAGAGGCAGUAGCUCCUGCAGUAGUUGAUACUAUCAUGGAGGAAAUACGACUGACGAUGGAAGAUCCCCAUCCUAGAUACAACCAGAGACGCAUUGCCACGGCAAGAUACUUGGGUGAACUCUACAACUAUAAGCUCUUAGACUCUCGAGAUGUAUUCACUGUUCUAUACUCUUUUAUAACUUUUGGAGUUUCCAAUGACCAUAGUACGAUCUCUCCACUGGAUCCCCCGGACAAUGUUUUCCGGAUAAGGCUUGUUUGUGCUCUAUUAGAGACCUGUGGAGCCUAUUUCAACAGUGGCUCGAGUAAAAAGAGGCUCGAUUAUUUCAUUGUGUUUUUCCAAAAUUAUUACUGGUUCAAAUACUCCGAUCCAUACUGGACAGAAGAAAACCAAUUUCCGAUAUACGUAAAAUAUAUCUAUCAGGAAUGUUUGACAACACUCAGGCCGAAAUUGACACUGUGUACUAGUUGGCAGCAAUGUAAAGACGCUGUAGAGGAGCUGAGGCAGACCCUGUACCCUGAGUUAGGGGAUGAUGAGCAGGAUGAAAAUGAAGAUCAAGGCGAAGAUAGUAUUGCGGAUGGAUUGGAUACUAUUGUGGAGACCGAUGACGAGACCGACAACUUGGUUAUGCCUGAGGAGAGUUCUGAUGAAGAUCCACUCACAGAGAAUGCUGGCAAUGAUGAUAAUGAUGUACAGAAUGAGGAGAUGACUUGUGAACCACGCCGCCCCGCGCCCAAGCCUGUCGAAGAUGUGGAGUUUGAAUCUGCGUUUGAAAAGAUGGUGAUGGAGAACAUAGCGGACAGGCAGCGGGAGAACAGACCGCAGCAGAGGGACAUUGCUGUACCCAUGACGUGCCGCCAGACCACCAAGAAGACCUAUGAACAGCUGUUGCAAGGUAAAGAAGGGGUCGAGUUUGUCCUGAUGGUCCGGAAAGGAACCAAACCUCAAUACAAGUCUUUCAACGCUCCGCCAGAACUGGCCAGCAACCUGCAACAGCAAGCCCUGGCCGACAAACAAGAGAUGGAAAGAGUUAAAAGAUUGACAUUGAACAUAUCGGAGCGUCAGGAAGAAGAGGAAUACAGUGCAGAGAGUGGGGGAGGCUCUGAGAGGAGUGGUAAUCCUAACAGAGGCAUGCACAGCCGACAGAAGUACCAACAUCCCAAGGGAGCCCCAGACGCAGACCUCAUAUUUGGACCGAAGAAAUUUAAAUAGAAUCCUUGUGACUUAAUAAUGCUAGAAGAGCAGAAUCUGUAAGGUCGUAUUUUGUAAUGGAGGAAUUGAUGUUGCAUUAGAUUGUUCGUGUCGUGCAACAGAGACUAUUACACAAGUUUUAUUAUAUAAUUAUUCAUGAACUCUAUAUGAUUUACAGACAGCGCGCCAGUUGAGUGAGUGGGGCCUUAUUCCCCGCUCGUGCCCGUGGUCUUAGAUGUUGAUUUUAAUAAUGACUGAUUCGAGUGCAUCAGGGUCCGUUCCGAGAUCUUUUGAUCGCCAAGCGAGAGAAAUAGCGAUGAUAAAAAAAAAAUAUUUAUUUUUUUUAAAUUUUGACCCAUUACCAAGCACCACCAAUGUUAAACUUAAAGUAUUUUUGUGAAUUUAUCGACACACUCACGAUAGUGGUGGUAACAUUCGCGCGAUAUCUGAAAAUGAAAUGAUGAAAACAUUGACUCGUUGAAUAUUUGAAUUAUGGUUUAUAAGUGCACAUCUAUGAUUGUUGUUACAAUUGUGAUAAACUAAUGAUAAAUACAUAUCCACCACGGCCAGUUUAAGAUAAUAUCUUCUGUUCGAACAAUUUAUUGAGUUCAGCUAUUCAUAAGUCAUUAGUUUGAUAUUUGGCUGGCUAUAGACGAUUAAAAUAAACUAUACUCGUAUAAUUAGAUCGUUAACAGUCAACGUCCUAUACUUGUACCCUUUACCAGUCUAUUUGAUAUAACUAGUGUCCUGUAUCUCUCAUAUUACAAUUAAUACUAGCUAAAUGAAAUUUUAAACUAUGAACUUAACUACAAUGAUUUUAAUUUACUACAAAUACAAUUCAAGUGUUAUUUUUUAUAUUAAAAUAUGUAUUUAACAGUAGGUACGUCUCGCCACGUUAGUUGUUCAUUUAUAGUUCGUGUAUAGUGACAUAUGAGCGACAAAUGUUUUAUUAAACAAUUAGGAUGAUCUGAUAAUAAAUUACUUGAAUAAAGGGUUGUUUCACAAUA